AUGUCCCGCGCUACAGAUACAAAUGAGUUUAUCCCCGGAACCGUGCAACUCGUCGAUCUCGAUGGCACUGUGCACGCCCGCCACGCCAACACGGCGAAACGUGAUAUCGUCCUUAUACCUACGCCGUCCAAUGAUCCCAACGAUCCUUUGAACUGGACUCCACGCCGCAAGAUGAUGUUGGUGUUUUGUCUGUCUGUCUACGUUCUCGCGGUCGGUAUUGCCUCAGCGGCCAUCUACUCUGUCCUUGUCCCCAUUUCCGCCGCUACCGGCCUUACCAUAGCCGAUUUGAACUCUGGCACCGGCUACAUGUUCUUGACUUUAGGCUGGGGCUGUCUCUUCUGGCAGGCUCUUGCUCAACAGUUCGGAAAACGUCCAGUCUACCUGUUAUCUACACUGUUGACUAUGGCAAUCAUGUUAUGGGCCCCUUAUACGACCAACAAUGGCCAAUGGAUCGCCAACAAGGUUCUCCAGGGCCUGGUCGGCGCGCCAAUCGAGUCCCUCUGCGAAAUAACGAUUUCUGACGUGUUCUUUGCUCAUGAACGAGGAACGUACAUGGGGGUCUACGCGCUCUUCAUCGCCGGUGCCAACUUCGCAGCACCUAUCAUGUCAGGCUUUAUUAAUGAUGGUCAAGGAUGGCAAUGGGUUUUGUAUUGGUGUGCAAUCUUCAAUGGCGGCACACUUGUCAUUCUUUUCUUCCUGAUGGAGGAAACCAAUUUUGUCCGACCUGCACUUGCUGGUGUCGACCAGGACUUCGUUGCAGAAGCUCAAGUGUCAGAAACAGCCAUGGCCGUCCCCCAAUCAACUGAUGCCAAAGGGGCACUGCAAGCACCAAGUACUUCACCGAAAACCUCUGCCACUGCAGUAACCACGACCUAUCACAAGACAACGUAUCUGCAACGUAUGAGACUCUUCAGGACGCAAGACCUACAGAAGACGAUCCAACUGAAGGGCAUGAUCCUGCGGCCCCUCAAAUUUUUGAGCUUCCCGAUAGUCGUUUUCAGUGGCUUCAUGUAUGGCGCAGUCAUUUGUUACUUCAACGUCCUCAAUGGCACCGCCUCCGUCAUCUUCACUGACGCACCAUAUAACUUCCGGUCCAGCAUGGUCGGCCUGACCUAUGUGGCUUGUGUUAUCGGAGUGUUUCUUGGCGCCUUUUGGUCGGGCCCAAUGGGAGACAAGUUCGUCCUCUGGAAAGCUCGACAGAACAACGGGGUGAGGGAGCCCGAGCACCGUCUAUGGCUGUAUUGCGCUUUGUUCGCAUUAACCCCCGGCUCGCUGCUGCUCUGGGGCAUUGGUGCCGCUCAUCACGUUCAUUGGUUUGGCCUUGUCUUCGCCAUGGGUCUGCUGGCAUCGUCUAUUACUAUUGGAUGUCAAUUGCCUAUCAGCUACUGUAUCGACUCAUACAAAGACCUGGGCGCAGAUGCGAUUGUCACCGUCAUUCUGAUCCGCAAUACCAUGAGUUUCGCCGUGAGCUAUGGAAUCACCCCAUGGGUAACGAAUUUAGGAUAUCAAAAUGCCUUUAUCGUGGCGGCAUUCGCUGGCUUGGCACAGACAGCCCUGGUGCUUGUGUUCAUCAGAUGGGGUCGCUCAAUGCGCAAGGCAAGUGGCCCUCGCUACUUGAGAUACCUAGAGCAAGUCGACGGAUCAGGCAUGAGACAUUGA